GACUACAAGCUCGAAACAACGAACUAUCUCUCCUUGACCCAGGAGGGAAUCAACAGCGAUGCUCUCUCCAAGAACUUCCAAGACGCCAUCUACAUCGCACGCCAUCUCGGCAUAUCGUAUCUCUGGAUUGAUUCUCUAUGCAUCUUGCAAGACUGCGAGAACGAUUGGGCAAAAGAGUCUUCGGCCAUGAGACUGGUAUAUACAAAUGCAGCAUGUGUCAUUUCAGCGACCGCAUCAAAGGACUCGAAUGGAGGCUGCUUUCGGAAACGGCCUGCCCCUUCAGAGACGUGGAGCCUUGUCACUUCGAAGAAGACAAGAUACUAUCUCUCGGCCCACAAGCCGUCGAUAAAGACACUCUUCGACACACGAGUCGAGACGGCACCAUUGACCAAACGAGCAUGGGCUUUCCAAGAAAGGCUACUCUCACGUCGUCUCGUUCAUUUCUGCUCCGACGUAGUUCUAUUUGAAUGCGACACUAUGCAGGCCUCCGAAUUCGAUGAACAGGGCUCUGGAUAUGAAAAGUUGCCAUACGUGGUACACAAUGGACGGCUGUUUGAUUGGCAGAUUGAAUUCAACCAGCGAUGGUAUAGACUUGUGUCCGCGUAUUCGGAAGGGGCUCUAACGUACCCAACCGACAAGCUCGUGGCUAUCUCGGGCAUUGCAGAGUUAGUCCAGGAUAGAGCACAAACACCCUACGUUGCUGGCUUGUGGAUGAUUGAGCCGGGAGAGAAGCAACUACUCUACUGCGCUCCAUCCUGGUCGUGGGCUUCAGUCAAUGGACGCAUU